AUGGAACAGAUUCUGUCCCUGAUUACCAUUUUUGCGAGUUUGGUCUUCUCCGGGAGAUGCAGCGAUGGUUACAGCAGGAACGAUUUCCCGGAGGGUUUCGUUUUCGGAUCCGCCAUUUCUGCUUUUCAGUGGGAAGGAGCUGCUAAUGAAGACGGAAGGACGCCCAGCAUUUAUGAUACACUUGUUCACUCUAGUAGUGGACCUAAUGCAGAUAUAGCAUGUGAUGGAUAUCAUAAGUAUAAGGAGGAUGUAAGGCUGAUGUAUGAUAUGGGUUUAGAUGCAUUUCGAUUCUCUAUCUCGUGGCCACGCCUUAUACCAAAUGGAAGAGGUGUUGUGAAUCCAAAGGGUUUACAGUUCUACAAAAGCUUCAUAGAUGAGCUCAAAAGACAUGGAAUUGAACCUCAUGUUACGUUGUCUCACAAUGAUCUUCCUCAGGCUCUUGAAGAUGAAUACGGAGGAUGGACUGACCACAAAAUCAUAGAUGACUUCUCUGCUUUUGCAGACGUUUGCUUCAGAGAGUUUGGGAACGUAGUGAAAUUCUGGUCGACAAUCAAUGAGCCCAAUAUGCUGGCAUUGGCAGGUUAUGACCUGGGAAUAGUACCUCCUGCACAUUGUUCUCCUCCAUUUGGCCUGGUCAACUGCUCCAGAGGAAACUCUUCAACAGAGCCAUAUAUUUCACUCCAUAACAUGUUGCUUGCACACGCAUCUGCCUCAAGAUUGUAUAAGACAAAGUAUAAGAAUAAGCAGAAUGGAUAUAUAGGUAUGACCUGUUUUGCAUUCUGGUUGGUUCCUAAUACUAGCUCUGAAGAAGAUCAGAUUGCAACUCAGAGAGCCAAAGAUUUCUUUUUAGGCUGGGUUCUGCACCCGCUCUUCUUUGGGGACUAUCCUGAUGUGAUGAAGAGAAUCGUGGGGAAGAGAUUGCCAAGUUUUACGGAAGAAGAAUCACGUCUUGUUAAAGACUCAUCCGAGUUCUUGGGAGUCAUACACUACACACCAACGUGCAUCGCACACUCAUCUAGUUCUCUCCAUGAAGAUUAUAUUUCGGACAUGAGUGGCUUGAUAAUCCCCUAUGGGAAUACUACACUGGCCAAGCUUGAUGUGCUUCCAUGGGGUCUUGAAGGAGUGUUGGAAUACAUAAAGCAGAACUAUGGCAAUCCUCCGGUCUACAUUCUUGAAAACGGUCGACCUAGCAACCACGAUUCAUCGCUUAACGACGUGGGAAGAGUUGAAUACCUUCGUGCUUAUAUCGCUGCUGUGCUCAAUGCAGUGAGGAAUGGGUCAGAGACAAGAGGCUAUUUCCAAUGGUCGUUCAUGGAUCUGUUCGAGGUUAUCGAUAUCAAUUACACAUAUGGAUUAUACUAUGUGAAUUUCAGCGAUCCGGAACGUGAAAGAUCUCCCAAAACCUCUGCUCUCUGGUACUCUGCUUUUCUCAAAGGGACGCAACAAGAGCCCAAGAACCUCUCUGUAUCUCCUUCUCCUGGUUUUGCUUCUCAGUAA